UAUUUCCAGGUUAUCAUGAAGGUAGACCAGUGUUAUGACCUUGACUACUUGACACCUACCGGAAGCUGUGCAUCAGUCAUGUCGAUGGUGGGAGAUGCAGCGGCCUUGGGACCAGCAAUGGGAAUUCCAAAUUCUUCCGAGACAUUUUUAAUGGCACAGGUUAAAAUAAAUUCUCAAGCCUGCACAGUUUUAGCAGCUCUGGAUGAAUAUGAAGCUAUCAGUCUUACCUUUUUGGUCCUAGAUAUUGAGUACUUAACACAACAAGGAUACAAAUACUGUCAAUAUAUAUGCAAUGGCCGAAGCAAGGAAGCUUUAGAGCAAGUAGUUAAUACUGUACGACAAAGUUUUGGCAAUCUAGAUCACAUAAUGGAGGCACUCUACAUCAUUGGUCGCUAUGAUCUACUCGAGGACCACUUGGGCCUCAGUGUUGAAAACAAUCUUCACAAAAUUUUUAAGAGGCUAAACAGUGUUGCUAGUGACCGCAAGGCUUUGUAUUGUGUGUUUGCUGGAAUGGCCCAAGAACAAGCUGAUGAACUCAUACGUAAGAGACUGUCUGGGUGGUAUUGUCCUGAAAUGGGACGACCCUUAGAAGAAACUUUUGUACGUAAUCUUAAUAGUGGCAAUUACAAGCAUCUCAUUACCAAACUCUUCGAAGCACUGUUAGAAGAGGAUAGAGAGACAUUGGCUUCUUAUUUGCAUCCUUUCAUUAUUCGAGCUUCUUGCACUCCAUCUCUUGCACCACAAAAAUCGCAGACAAAUGAAGAGAACUAUUACCCCUUGCCCACGUGCUACCCUCAUGGAUUGUGCAUUAUUAUCAAUAUCAAAAGCUUCAUGAAGCCUAGAGGAAUAAAUGAUAAUAUUCCUCUUUCUGAACGCCACGGAUCAGACAUUGAUAAAGAACGCCUUGAAGGCACCUUUAAGCUGUUUGGAUUCCAUGUGAUGCAUUUUGACAAUCCUGAUUAUGAGAAGAUACAUCAGUUUUUUAAAAACCUUCGGGUAAAUCCACGACUGGCCAUUGUUUCAUGCCUGGCUGUGUGCAUCAUGACUCAUGGAGAUGAGCAAGAUCAGCUCUACUUGCAUGAUCGGUCUUGCAUUUCCAUCACAGAUAUUCGCAAGUUAUGUUUCAGUCAGGCUCUUCUGAACAAACCAAGACUGUAUUUUGUUCAAGCAUGCCGAGGUGAACAAGCUCUGAGACCAAUACUCCUUCAACAAGAUACCUGCACAGUUACUCAUGUAGAAAGUGACUGCCUUAUUUCGGCUGCUACUGUGAAAGGCUACUCAGCUGUAAGAAGCCAGACAGAAGGAUCGUGGUAUAUUACUGACCUGUGUCAUGCAUUGCAAGAGUAUGGUCACAUUCUACCAAUCAAGAAUGUACUACAGAAGACAAGACACAGUCUGAAAUCUCGCAUGGGAAGCAUGAAUAACACCUAUGUGACACAACUUUCAGAGGACAAAGAUACUUUAACUAAAGACGUACAAUUGGUGAGAGCUGAGAAAGAAUAUUUUUUGGAUGGUAUUUUGGACCUCGUGCGACUGGAACUCAUGGAAAAAUUACUACAAGAGAUGUUAGAAGAGGCUCUUGGUGAACUAGAAAGCAGUGGCUAAAUUGAUGCCCUGUUAAAGUUUUUCCUGGAUCUGUAUCUCAUAAAGAUAUGGGCACAAUGUUCCAACCUAAAUCUGCCUUGGGAUGAAGUUUCAUAUGUGAGAGUGAGCCAUGCAGUUUCACAGUGCCUUAGCUACUUAGGGAGCAUACCUCUGUGAAUAAAUGUAGUAGUAAUGUUACUAAUUGGCAUUAUGAUAGCUAUCCUGUUUUAAUGACAUUAUUUUUCAUUAUGAGUCCUUAAAAAUGAUUGAGUGUGAAGGUCUGUAUAAAUCUAAAAGGUAUGGGAAGAGAGGCAUCCCAUCAUCUUUAUCUGUGAUGAAGUAAUUCCUACUGUCUACUUUUACCUCAAAUUGUGAACUUUUUUUGAAAAAAAAUCGCUCGUUUAAGCUUUCUAUGUUUUCCUAUGAAGAAAGAUGUGCAUACAUGUGUACCUGUGUGGGGGAGGGAAGAGUAGGUAGGUAAUGUGUGGCAGACUCAGCAUAGAAUGUUUCAGAAAGCAUGAGUGGGUGUGAGGGGAGGGGUUAUGAAAGAGGGUGUUUGGAAAUGGGUAUGUAGGGUAGAUGGUCCUGGUCAACCUCUACCUUCAGCACCCAGAGAGGAACUGUUUCACGAACAUUAUUCCCUGCCACAUUACUUGGCUUACAUAUGUUGAUGAUGUCUUAUUUUAUCUAGACAUUUCCAUCAUCAUAGUGCUGAAAAACAACUCAACCAAGUGAAACCCUCUAUACAGUUUACCUUGGAAAAAACAGAAUAAAUCUCUACCUUUUCUCAACAUCCUUCUUAUCAGGUUGGAUAAUGACACUUUAAAGUACAAAGAGUACAGGAAAUUAACAAAUGAAGAUGAUCUGAUUACUACUACCACUAUUAUAUGACCCCAAAACAAAGAGAAAUGUAAUAAUAGGUUACUUUUCUACAUGAUCUCAGGAUAUGUAGCAGUUAACCCUUACCUGAACAAAAAUAUUACACAAAAAAAAAAUAUGCCUUAAAAUUUCUUAAUACAAUCAUUUACUGCAAGACUAAAGCUUUUAACACAUUUUCAAAUCCCAGGGCAACCAACUGAUUCUUCCCACAAGACAGUGACUUUCAUCACCUUUAUUCUACAUAUAACUAACAUUAUACUAUUAUAAUCAUAACUAAGCACCAAAUCCUUAAGGGUCAUACAGCACCUAACACUGGAAUAAAAGUAUUUAGCAAAAACUGUUAAAGAAAAAAAAAAUUUCACACAAUUGCAAGAGCCCUUGUGGUUUAGCACUUCUUUUUGAUUAUAAUAGUAAUAAUAACAAUAAUCACAAUCCCAAGAACACAAUUACUGCAGGAUUGUACAGUAUCUGAUGGAGGAUUCAAUCAUGAGUACAUAGGAGAAGCCUCAAAGGACUAGCAUACUUUGAUAACAAGAACAGGGAUACACCUAUAGGAUGGACAACACAUGGAGGUACACAGAAACACACAUAUACCCCUCAUAAUCCUAAAGAGAGUAUCUCUUAUUCCAGGAAAGUGAUGAAAGGAGUUACAUAUGUUUCAAAUACCAUUACAGAGAACAGAGGCAAGGUCCUGACAUCUGAAUCCAAACAAUAGCCAACAUUCCCUAACCUCCAUUGGUUCACAGACCUUACUCACUCUAUACCAGACAUAUCACCUUGCCUAGGCUUGACAAAUCACCUCACUUAUACUGGAAAUAACAUCUUGCCUUCCUCUGACCUCGGCUUCACUCAGCACUUGACUCCCUACCCUCCACCACCACCACCCUUUCUCAGCAUCAUGAAUAUAAUGUAUGUGUGUUUGUCAUUUGUUUUGAUAUUUUAUGUACUGUACUAGGUUUAGCACUUAGUUAUGAUUGUAACAAUGUGUACUGUACUUACUAAAGCCUCAUGUAGGUGAAAUGUCAUAUUAACCCUUUGACUGUCACAAGCCCCUUUUUGAAACUGUCAAAUUUUUUUUUUUUUUUUUUUGAAAAAAAAAAAAUUAUUUUUUCUUAUGAAAUGAUAGAGAAUCUUUUCCUGAUGGUAAUGACACCAAAACUACAAAAUUUGGUUGAAAACUCACGGAAUUACGCUCCUGUGAAGUUAGCGAUCUCAGCGAUACACAUCGGCGAUUUUGCUGACUUUGAGCCCUAUUUUUGGCCAAUUCCACUGUUCCAGUCGACCAAACUCAUAGCUGUUUCUUUAGAACUCCAUUUUUUCUAUCGAGUACAAGAAACUGCCCAUUUACUGAUUUGAACUACCCAAUAAAGGAGUCAAAAAUUGGCCAAUUUCAAGCAAAUUGAAAAAGAUGCUAAUUUCAAAAUAGGGUCCAAAAUAAACAAUGAAGACAUUCUUAGCACUAAAAUAACAUAUCCUCUGUUCAUUAGUCACGUCUCCAGGCCCCUCUUAUAUUACUCUUGUUUUCUAUUUUGAUUUUUUAUUCACACAAAAAAAUAGAAAGAUUUACUGUUAUGCAGACUACUGCAUUAUUGUAAAAAUGGUAUAAAUAAUAUCAGUGCACUAGUGAAAGAAUAUUAGACUCCCCAGUUGAUGUGUAUUGGACGUGUGUUGUGAUUUGCUUACUCUUGAACAUUGGUAAAAAUUUAACAUUUCUGUUACUUUGAGCUCAAUUUCAAGGUCAUUUUCAUCGUGAAACUAAUCAAAAUCAUCUCUAUUUUUGUAAUAUGUUUUCCAUUCUGUCAAAUGAGACCAAGACAACAAGAAUAUGUACAAUCAUAAAUACUAUACAAAAAUACACCUCAAAGUUAGCAUUUUAAUCCAAAAACACGGUUGGAGUUUUUUCUCAUUAUGCUCUUCGUGCUGCAGGAUUUUUUUUAUACAGUGCACACUGACCACACAGACCCAGUCUCUCACAUGUGGGCCUACCAGCUUUCUCCUGCUUGAUUUGAAGCUGCUAGAAUUAUUGAGUAUAUGUACGUCCAAAACACUGGCUCGUAAGACGUAUAUAUACAACCAAAACAGUCAGAGGGUUAAUAAAGGUCUCCUUUAUCUACACAGUAGGGCCCCGCUUUACGGUGUUUCGCCUUACGCAUUCCACUAAUACAGACAUUUCAAAUUACGACCAAAACUCGCUAUACGGCUCCCCCACCUGACUUUCUAAUACGAUCACCGCACCCCACCCGGUUUGUUUACAUUCUCCGUGAGCACCGCGUCUCUCCAUUAUGUCCGGAAACUUUCCAAAAUUUCAAGUGUUUUAACCCUUUCAGGGUCCAAGGCCAAAAUCUGAAGUCACGCACCAG